CUCAACACAACACCCAGUGAAAUCAAAGCAGCAAUUAUAUAAUAUAUAUGGCUUCAACACAAAACCAGUGGGAUCAAAAGCCCUCCAUUAACAAAGAAGAUGACGAUGCAGUUCUCCAUGCCAUGCUGCUGUCCACCUCUCAAGUAAUUCCCAUGGUAUUGAACGCAGCCAUUGAGCUCAACCUGUUCGACAUCAUUGCUAGUCGGGCAAACCGGGAUGGUUACAUGUCGCCCUCUGAGAUUUCUUCUCAGCUUCCCACGAAAAACCCCGAUGGCGCGCCUUUUCUGCUCGAUCGCAUGCUCCGUUUACUUGCAAGCUACUCACUUCUUACUUUCUCUAUGCGCACCUGCGAAGAUGGAAGGGUUGAGAGACUCUAUGGACUCUCACCGGCCGGCAAAUUCUACGUUCGAAAUGAACAUGGUGCCUACUUGGGUUCCCUCGCAUUACUUAAUUUUUACGGAAAGGAAGCAGACGCCUGGCACCAUCUUAAGGAUGCUAUUCUUGAAGAAGGUAAUCUAUUUACAAAGGUCUAUGGGACCAGUGUCUUCGAAUGCAUGGAAGCUGAUCCAAGAUUGAACAAUCUUCUUAACACGGCUAUGGCUGAUCUCUCCGAAAUGGUCAUGAAAAGAGUUCUUGAGACAUACAAAGGAUUUGAGGGAGUAUCAUUGCUGGUUGAUGUUGCUGGUGGCACUGGGGCAACCCUCAACAGGGUCAUUUCCAUGUACCCUUCCAUUAAAGGCGUUAACUUUGAUUUGCCUCAAGUGAUAAAACAUGCGCCAUCUUAUCCAGGUAUCAAGCAUGUUGGAGGAGAUAUGUAUGUUAGUAUUCCAAAAGGUGACGCCAUUAUUUUAAAGAGUACAUGUCAUAAUUGGAGUGAUGAACAAUGCAUAAAACUUUUGAAGAAUUGCAAUAAAGCACUGCAAAAAAAUGGAAAGGUGAUUAUCAUUGACCACGUAAUGCCAGAGGCACCUGAGUCAAGUGAUGCUGCUAAGUUCGUUUCUUCCACUGAUAUUGUCAUGCUUGUUAACCCUGGAGGGAAAGAAAGAACUGAAAAGGAGUUCGAGGGAUUGAGCAAGAGUUCGGGAUUUUCGGGUUUUCGUCUAAUCUGCCGUGUUUACCAUGUUUUGGGAGUCAUGGAACUUUACAAAUAACUCUCCAAUUGCUAUCUAGUACUGCUGGCUAGUUUCAAUUCGUUGCCAAUAAAAUGUAUGGACUAGUCACAUGCAGCUACGACUUCAUAUAUAUGCAUGUAAGCCUGUGGCUGUAAGUGUGUGCAAUCUUACUUUGCUAUAUAUAUAUAUUUCAUUCGCUAAUAAUU